AUGGACAAUAUAUGCAGUCCAUUUGUCACUGUAAUUACUAUCCUAGGAUCGUGGCGUAGAGAAUACUUGUUUUGUCAACUUCUACCUUGUCUUUAUUCCAGAACUGAUAUGAACUUUGCUUAUUUCUCUCGAAAUCUUUUUCAAGCCUAAAUCAUCCUCAAUCACUCUUCCCAACAUUUUUUCGACAAUGUUCGUAGGAAUAAUCGGGAGCUUUUUCAUAAAUUUCACGAUUUUCUUAUUUGCUGUGGACACUGACCUUGUAUUUGGUGCUAAAACUCUUGCUUUUAUAGUUUCACUACUACAAUGGCAGAUUAUCCUUUACAGCUACCAAACCCAUUUCCAUAUGGAUCAGUGGACUUUUACAGACCUUUGGUCAAUAAAGUUCUUUUGGGCUAUCAGGCCUUUAUGGCUCAUUAUGGAGUUUGUGGUGUAUUCGAUGAAUUUCGGACUCCCUCAGAGGCAAUCAGGAGGAAAAGAAGUAUAUCAGAGUAAACUUUUAGAGGUCUUUUGGCUUAUCCCUCAAUUGCUUAUAGUUGCACUAUGCUAUAUGAUGCUUUCAGGAUAUGCCAGAAUCAGAGGAAAUCGUAGUCGAUACAGACCUUUAAUAGUUUCUCAAGACAUAGAAGGGGUUGAUCAAGAAAAUCAGAAAAAUAGAUAUGACAGAGCAAGCAUUUUUUCAAGGCUUUUAACAUCAUGAAUUUAUCCAUUGCUUAAGAUCGGCAACCAAAGACCGAUAGAGCUUACUGAUAUAGAAUCUCUUAGCAAAACCGAAACUACUGAGUUUCAAAAGCAAGAGAUGAAAACUAUUUGCGAAAAAUAUCUCUCUAAUAAGAAUGAUAAAAGAGCAUUGCUAAAAGCUUUAUACAGGCGAUUUUUGCCUGAAAUUAUUGUUUUAUUUUUCGUCGGUUUUAUUGCUACCCUCAUGGAUUUCAGUGGAGCUGUUUUUAUAAAGCUGCUUGAAAACUUUUUAGAUCCUAAAAGUACUCAACCUUAUUGGAGAGGAUUUGCAUUGGUCGCUUAUAUGCUGCUCUCCAAAAUAGUCCAAGCAAUUGCAAAUAACCAUUAUAGAUUUAACGUCAGUAUACUGGGAAUUCACAUAAAAGCAGGUCUUUCUUCAUUUAUUUUUGAAAAAUCCUUAAGCAUUUCUCCACAGCUCUUAUCCUCAGGUGAACAAAAAAACUCAGCUAAUUUUACCUACGCCCAAAUAGUAAACCUAAUGCAAGUUGACUUAGAAAGAAUUGCAAUGGGUAUUCCUUACUCAAUGAGAGCUAUUACCUGGCCUAUCCAGUGGAUUAUUGGGAUCUAUCUCUUAUAUUCCACUAUGGGAUGGGAAGGUGGCACAGCUGGCAUUAUUUUGAUGGCAAUUUUGUUUGGAAUUAACAUUGUAAUUGCAAGAACUAUGGCAAAAUUACAAAAAAUCGUUAUGGAGAAAAAAGACACAAGGAUGAAAUUAUGCAAUGAAUUGUUAGCGAACAUUAAGGUUUUCAAGCUUUAUAAUUGGGAAAAAAAGAUUGCAGAAAGAGUAAAAAAUGCCAGAGAAGUCGAGAUAGGGUUUAUAAGGAAAGGAUUGACCUGGAUGAUGUGGGUUAUAUUUUUAAACUGGGGAACUAGAAAUUAUCUGAUUAUGGGAGUUUUAAUUACGAUGACACUAUCAGGGAUAGUGCUGACCCCAGGCGAUAUUUUUGCUGGAAUUGCAGUUAUCCAGAUUUUGAAUAUGUCUAUACGUUUAAUUCAGGAAAUUAAAAAAUUACUUAAAAAAAAUUAUUUAAUUAUUUUUUUUAAAAAAAAAAUUUUCUUUAAUUCCUGAUAUUAUCAGCAAUUUCUUAAAUAUGCUUGUCUCUCUCAAAAGAAUUCAAGACUACUUACAAUGUAGAGAAAUCAUUAACUACAAUGACUCCGAACAAGGCGAACUCCACCCAGACCUCGCUAUAGGCAUGAAUACAGCCAGUUUCGCAUGGGAACUCCCUGAAGAAAACACUACAGGCGAGCUUAAAGAAUCCAAAGCUGUUCUCAAAGAUUUAUCAUUAGAAAUAAAACAUGGAGAGUUCGUCGCUAUAGUAGGCCGUGUAGGCAGUGGAAAAAGCUCAGUCCUUCAAGCUUUAAUCCAAAACAUGAAUUUUGUAAGAACAGCUGAGUUUUCCAAUAUGUUUAUUAAUGGAAGCGUUUCUUAUGUCAGCCAAGAAGCAUGGAUACAAAAUACUACCAUAAAAAAUAACAUACUAUUUGGAUCCCCAGUCAAUGAAAAUCGUUAUCAAGAAGUCCUCAAUGUAUGUCAGCUUAGAAAAGAUUUAGAAAUUUUACCUGGCGGAGAUCUAACAGAAAUAGGAGAAAGAGGCAUUAACUUGUCAGGAGGCCAAAAAAUCCGUGUUUCUAUAGCUAGAGCCAUUUAUUCAGACCAUGAUGUGAUACUUCUUGAUGACCCUCUCAGCGCAGUUGAUGCUCACGUUGGUAAAGAAAUUUUCCAACAAUGCUUUAUAGACUUUUUAAAAGGAAAAACCAGAGUUUUAGUUACCAAUAAUCAGCAAUUUUUACCUUUUGUGGACCGAAUUAUUGUCCUUAACCAAGGAAAAAUCGUGGAAAUUGGAAAUUAUCAAGAAUUGCUUAAAGCUGACGGGUACUUUAAAAAUGAAUUUUUAGUAUCAACUGAUCAUGGGCAGCUGCAAAAAGCAGAAUCUGAAGAAGAAAUUGUGGAGGAAAAAAAAGAGACCACAAAAGGCACAAAAAUUAUAGAAGUAGAAGAAAGAGUUACAGGAAGAAUCAGUUUUAACGUGUAUAAGACUUAUUUUCAAUACUCAGGAGGCAUAAAAGUCGUUAUUUUAGUCAUAUUUUUUAUGCUUUGUUGGCAAGCAGAUAGAAUGUAUACAGAUUUGUAUUUGAGUGAAUGGACAAAUCAGACAGGCGCUGAACAGGAAGAAAAUCAGACGAAAAAUAUUUUGAUUUAUAGCAUAGGCAGCUUUAGUGUGAAUUUAUUUAUAUUGUUUAGGCUAAUGACGACGAUUUUUAGUGGGCUAAAAGCAGCAAGGACGAUUUUUGAGAGAAUGGUGAAUGCUCUAUUAGAUGCCCCGAUAAAUAAAUUUUAUAGAAAAAUUUAACAAAUGAAUAUGUAAAUAUCGGUAGAUAGCAUAAUGUUUUAUAAAAAAUAAGGCUAAAUUCUGCAUCAGAAAAGGGAUAGGCUAUUUAAAUAAGUAUAUGAUGUCACACCAACAGGCAGAAUUUUGAAUAGGCUGUCUAAAGAUCAAAAUACAAUAGAUACUCAACUAUUAUUCGCCUUAAAUGGCUCUAUAGGACAAAUUUUUACAGUUUUAAGCAUCAUUUGUAUGUGUGCUUAUAUCGUUCCAUGGGUCCUCGUAGCUUUACCAAUAGCAAUUUACCUCUCAAUGAAAAUCCAAAAUUUCUAUAUAUCCUCUAGUAGAGAACUUAUGAGGCUAGAAAGUAUGAGCAGAUCCCCAAUAGUCCAGCAUUUUUCAGAAACUAUUAGUGGAGCCAACACAAUACGUGCAUUUGCUUUCCAAGAACAAUUUAUAAAAAAGAAUGAGGAACUCGUGAAUUCUAAUACGUCUAUAUACUUUCAGCAGCAAGCUUGCAACUGUUGGCUAGGAAUUACACUGGAAUUUGUGUCAGAUUCUUUACUUACAGUAAGUGCUUUAAUUAUUGUUGGCUUUAAAGGACUCAUAAACCCUGGGCUCGCCGGUCUUUGUUUAUCUUAUGCUAUAACUGAUUUUUUAUUUGUUUUUUAAAAAAUUAAAUUUAUUUAUUUUUUAAGUUUUUUAAAAAUACCUAUAACUCUUCCAGAAAACAUAUAUUUCUUGAUAUUUGCGACCUCUUUCUUAGAAAACAUGAUGGUUUCUGUUGAAAGGGCUCAUCAACUAGCCCAAACACAAGGAGAAGCCCCACGACAAAGGCAAAAAGACAGUGAGCUUAAAAACAAAAAUUGGCCACAUGAUGGUUCAGUUGAGUUCGAAAAUUUCCAAAUGAAGUAUCGUGAUGACACAGAAAUUGUCUUAAAAGGAGUUACAGGAACUGUCAAACCGAAAGAACGUAUAGGAAUUGUAGGGAGAACCGGCUCUGGGAAAUCAUUAAAUUAAGGCUUAUUUCGUUUAACGUCCCCUACGGGGUUGACAGACCCCAGGUCUUCCCGCUUUCCCCUUCGCCGCAUCAGGCCCACAAGUCUCUGAGGGCGACUUGCUUUGAUCUCCAAGGUGCUUCUCCGGGCAAGUGUUGCCGACUCCGACAGCUCAUGACUGAGCUACUUCGCUUGAGGGCGUGAGUUGCCUGCUCGGAAAAAUCCAAAAAAUGGAUUUUCUGGCCGACUCUCGGCAAAAAGGGAGAGAACACAUGGCCUGGGACGUAACGCCCAGUUUCACGCUAAGGAGUUGCCCGAAUGGUCAAGAGGACUCUGCUGGGCUUCCCCUUUCCAACCUCCGUGUCUUCCUUCCCCACGAGGUAAAAUCCAUUUUGGUAGUUGAGCAUGGGCCAGGCUCUGCUCUGCAGAAUUGCUUACUUGGCAUUGUUGCCCAUUUCCUGAAUGACAAAACCUUGCCGGAUAUAAUUAAAAUAUGUGCUCGGAAGCUGCGUGGCUGGAGGCCAUGCUAGGUGGAGACGCCAUAUUUUAAUUAUGGCUCUGGGAAAAUCAUCUUUAUGUUUAGCUUUGUUUAGAAUAGUCGAAUCUUAUGGUGGAAAAAUUUAUGUUGAUGGUGUCGAUAUUUCUGAAAUAGGUUUAGAUUUAUUGAGGCAAAAAUUGUGUGUCAUUCCUCAGGACCCGACACUUUUCCAAGGAACUUUGAAAGAAAACUUACUCCCCCCCCAUCCUUGAUCGAGCGAUUGACUGUAAAAAUUCCUAAAAAUGGGGAAAUUAACCCCCAUCCUUGAUCGAACGAUUUUCAUAUCAUGCAACUUUUAUAUAUAUAUAAAAAUAUAUUAGUUAUCAAAAGCUUGGGAAGAUGUACCUAAUGAAGUUGUUUUCAGAGACUUUGAGACGACAGAAAGCUUCGAAAUCAACUAUCCGAAGUGAUUUAGUCAUCAAUCUAGGCUUAAAAAAUCAAAUAAUCUAAUAAAAUAGAGAUCUUUAAAAUUUUAAAAACAAAAAUUAAUUUAAUAAGGAACAAAAUUAAAAUUUAUACAGUUUUAAAGGGGUAACUAAUAAAUCAAAAAUAUUAAAAAUUGGUAUUUUUAUGAAAUUAAUUCAAUUUUUUUUGCUCUAAAAAUAAUUAUUAAAUACUCUUAACCCUCUUAUUUAAAAGUAAAUAAAAAAAAUAUAUAUAUAUUUUUAUUUUAUAUAUAAAUUUUUUUUCCCAAAAAAAUUUUUUUUAACCCCCAUUCUUGAUCGAACGAUGGCGAGUCGUUCGAUCAAGGAUGGGGGGAGUUAGACCCUUUUAAUGAGUGCAAAAAAGAAGAUUUGAUUGAAAGUUUGAAAUUGGUAGAAAUUUUCCCUGAUGAAAAUCCUGCAGAUGUUUUAUGCUAUUUUAUAUUAAAUUUACCCUUAUAAACUGCAUUUUAUUAGAAAAUAGUCUUUUAAUCUUAUAAAGUAUAGAAAAAGAAGUCAAAGACAACGGCUCAAAUUUCUCAUUAGGCCAAAGACAAUUAAUCUGUAUAGCAAGAGCUAUUUUAAGGCACUCAAAAAUUAUGUUUUUAGAUGAAGCCACAGCAUCAGUUGACUAUAAGACAGACGCAAUAAUACAAGACGCCAUUAGAAACAAGUUCAAGGAUUGCACUGUUCUUACCAUUGCACACAGAAUUAACACAAUUAUGGACUAUGAUAGAGUCAUUGUAAUGGACAAAGGAAAAAUCGCAGAAUUUGAUACACCACAAAGACUGAUGGAGAAAAAAGGAAUUUUCUAUUCAUUGGUGGUCCAGCACAAGAAGCUUUAA